GUGACGUCAGCGCGCCGCCGGGUGACGCAGCGACGGCGGCGGGGCGGGGGGUGAGGCCUCGGCGCGGCGGGGCCGGAAAUGCUACAGUUGUUGCUGUGCAGCUGCAUGUUGCUGAAUAGCGUUUCUAUGAGCUUGCUGUUCAAUCUGUCUGUUGUUCAGAAUGGCGAAGAACCCUAAUUUUCAGGAAGCUGGUAAUGUGCCUACAGGCUACGUUCACUGUAGAUCUUCAGAGAGUUUUGCUGGCUACCAAUAUCACCAUCCCUCCAAGAUGAGUAACAGCCAUCCACUUCGUCCUUACACAGCUGUGGGUGAGAUUGACCACGUUCACAUUCUGUCAGAGCACAUUGGUGCUCUAAUGAACGGGGAGGAAUAUAGUGACGUUACCUUUAUUGUAGAAAAGAAACGUUUUCCAGCACACAGGGUGAUCCUGGCUGCUAGAUGCCAUUAUUUCAGAGCAUUAUUGUAUGGAGGAAUGAGAGAAUCUCAGCCUGAAGCAGAAAUUCCUCUUCAGGACACCACUGCAGAAGCAUUUGCCAUGCUGUUGAAAUAUAUUUACACUGGUCGUGCUACACUACGAGAUGAGAAAGAGGAGGUUCUUCUAGACUUCUUAAGCCUAGCACAUAAAUAUGGAUUCCCAGAACUGGAGGAUUCUACAUCUGAGUAUCUUUGCACAAUACUUAAUAUUCAGAAUGUCUGUAUGACGUUUGAUGUUGCCAGUCUUUAUUCUCUUCCCAAAUUAACUUUCAUGUGCUGUAUGUUCAUGGAUAGAAAUGCCCAGGAGGUUCUCUCCAGUGAAGGCUUCCUGUCACUUUCUAAGGCUGCUCUUCUAAGUAUUGUAGUGAGGGACUCAUUUGCAGCUCCUGAGAAGGACAUUUUCCAAGCUUUGAUGAACUGGUGCAAACAUAACCCCAAGGAAAACCAUGCUGAAAUCAUGCAAGCAGUACGUUUGCCACUGAUGAGUCUAACUGAACUACUGAAUGUUGUGAGACCUUCUGGAUUGUUGUCACCUGAUGCCAUCCUAGAUGCCAUUAAGAUUCGUUCAGAGAGUCGGGACAUGGACCUCAACUACAGGGGCAUGUUAAUACCAGGGGAAAACAUUGCAACAAUGAAGUAUGGAGCACAGGUUGUAAAAGGGGAGCUGAAGUCUGCUUUAUUAGAUGGAGAUACUCAGAACUACGACUUGGAUCAUGGCUUCUCUCGACACCCGAUCAGUGACGACUGCCGUUCUGGAAUUGAAAUUAAACUAGGCCAGCCAUCAAUAAUCAACUACAUACGGAUACUCCUGUGGGACAGAGACAGUCGGUCUUAUUCCUACUACAUUGAGGUGUCCAUGGAUGAAUUAGACUGGAUUCGAGUUAUUGAUCACUCGAAGUACCUCUGUCGGUCCUGGCAGAACCUGUAUUUUCCUGCCCGUGUCUGCAGGUAUAUUCGAAUUGUUGGGACCCACAACACAGUGAACAAAGUUUUCCAUAUUGUGGCAUUUGAAUGCAUGUUCACAAACAAAUCCUUUACUCUUGAGAAAGGUCUGAUAGUUCCCACUGAAAAUGUUGCAACAAUUGCAGACUGUGCCAGUGUGAUUGAGGGUGUAAGUCGCAGUCGUAAUGCCUUAUUGAAUGGAGACACAAAAAACUAUGACUGGGAUUCUGGAUACACAUGCCAUCAGCUUGGGAGCGGCGCUAUUGUAGUACAGCUAGCACAGCCCUACAUGAUUGGAUCAAUACGGUUGCUACUUUGGGACUGUGAUGAUCGGAGUUACAGCUACUACAUUGAGGUUUCUACGAAUCAGCAACAGUGGACUAUGGUGGUGGAUCGCACAAAAAUUUCCUGCAAAUCCUGGCAAACAAUCACUUUUGAUAAACAGCCUGCAUCUUUUAUCAGAAUAGUUGGAACUCGCAACACAGCUAAUGAGGCACUUCAAGAACAAGAAGUGUUUCACUGUGUGCAUUUUGAGUGCCCAGCACAAAACAGUACCCACAAGGACGAGAGUAGUAAGGAAGUAGCAUCAACAGAGGUGGGGACUGCUGGACAGUAGCUUGUUUCUCGCCCUGUUUGAGCUGCAAGCACUAGUCCCCUGCAUUCCCCUCUCGGAUCCACCUUGCGUUCACAUGCUCACCAACAAUAAAGAAGGUUGAAAGGGAGCUUUUGCAGCCUUGAUGACAUUCUGUGAAAUUAUUCAGAACCUUCUUGUGCUGGGACCUUUUCUUUCUUUGUGAACGAAGGGGACUAUGUCUGAAAGCUGGAAACGUUGAAAUGGAAAAAGCUUUUCCUGAGCACAUGAAGAGACUGCUUCACUGUCCUCGAUUUGUUCAAAUCAGGCUGGUCUUCAAGGGGUGAGAAAAUAGGUCUUCAAUCCUCAUCAAUUACCCCAUUAACACCCUACCUCUCUAAUCUAAGGCAAGGAAAACAGAAGGAAAUAAAAGGCAGAGCUACAGUGGAAAUCUAAAAUUACUGGAGCAGAAUGGAAGGCAUAUGAAAUAAGUAUUUGUUCCCUAGAGGCUUUCAUUAGUAAAAAAAAUAUUUAUGGAACACAUCAGUCCAGCAUAUAUGUUAUUUUUAAAAGUGAUUCUUCAUUCAUAUUCCUUUGUAACUAGUAAUCUGUUUUCUAAAUAAUUUUGAGCCUGUAUUCCAGUUUGUCUCUUAUUUUUGGCUGUAGUCAAUGCUGUACAGCAGAUUAAGGAAGUAUCAGACAUGUUUACCUGCUGAGAUGCAAAUUCCCUCAUUCAUCAGUGGGAUGACAAGAAAAGCAUUCAUGAUAUCAACAAACUAAUUAAUGUAUCUAUAUUAAUCUUGACCUUAGUUGACUUUUCAAAGUACAAAGUUGUCAUUUCUUACACUCAAAAAGGAAAUUCCUAAAUCAAACAUCCAUCUUGAAGAAAAGCAUAUUUUUUCACUCCUGAAGAUGAUUAAAUUUUGCUUGCGUUUCUAAGACAACUUGCAGCAGAUCAUCAAAAAUGUUUGGUUUAGAAAAGUGGAACUGCAUCUGGUCACUGACAAGCAGUUCUUCAAAUACAGAAAGAAGAAUUUGCAGAUAACUUACAUUUUUCCAAGAAAAAUUGUUUUACAGUCUGGAACUAAAAAUUCACAGGCUGUGUGUGCAUUAACAUUUCUCAUGAUCCUCACAAAAUAUGAUGCUUUUGCACUGUAUUGUAAAAAAUUUGGUUCUUACUUUACAGUCACAGAAUUCAUUAUCCAUCCAUGUCUGUCUGGAUUGCAUAGCCUGCUACUUUGCUUAUUCUGUUUUCACACUGAUGAUGAUGCAGUCUCUUACUCUCUAGACCUGCAUGACUUUUAGGAAGAACUGCAUGUUGGUCUUUCAGUAUGGGAUAAAGAGAUUUUGUUUUAAGACAAAUGCUGAUGUAAUUGGCAAAAUUGAUUAGGAGAAUUGUUACUCCUCACAAAGUAUAUUAUAUUGGAAAUGUCAGCUAACCAGUUUUAUGAACUUGGAAUUUCCUAUGGUGAUAAAUAACCUCAUCAGAAGAAAACAAAGCUGGUACAGGAUAAAUACGGUUUUGCUUUCCAUAAUCAUAGUGAUAAAAUGAGUUAUAUCAACAUAGCAAAUUGUAUGUUAAUUUAUCACACUACUUAAUUUGAAAUAAUUUCCCUGUUGGAUACUAGUUGUGCUAAACCCAAAAAGAAAUAUAAUCGGUGGUAGCAGUGAAUCAGAGGAAUUUCUAAUAAGAAAAGCGUCCUUUCUUCUUUCAAAUAAAAUUGAUUAGGCUUUAUCAGUAAUAUUACAGUAUUUUUAUUGCCAAAUUACCGUUUAGUUCAUACAUUUGCAUACAGUCCUCUCCCUUCCCACUGCUGUCUCCUGACUUGUGAAUGCUUGUUGGUGAAGAUGGAUGCCCAUUGUGCUGUAUAAAACUUCUAAUGUAUGUGCUACAGCUGCCUCAGACAGUUCUGGGACAGGAUUCUGCUUGUGACAGUCACCUCCUCAUCUGAUUACCUAAUGGCUGAUUACCUUAUGGCUUAGCAGCCUUUGGAGCAUGAAAGAAUUGAGACCAGCUACUGGGGACACAACCCUCUUGUUUAAGUACAGGUCCAAAAAGUUGAAUUUUUUUUCCCUUUGAAAAGUAAAAGCAGAAAACUUUUCCUGUUGUAAUCCAUGCUGGAACUACUGAGAUGCAUGGAGUGUGUCUUGCCUUUGGUAGAUAUAAGUCCUUUUGUGUGAGUGAUGGUAUUUCUUUGCAGUUUGAUCAAACAAGUCUGCUUUUGUCAAACUGUGGAGCAAAGGGCAUAACUUUCUAGCUGUUAGUAUUUAGUAGUCACUGUUGUAGAGAAUGUUAAAAAAAAAAAAAUUAGGAAAAGGUUGUGCCAGCUGUUCUGAGUCUAGGCUCCCAGAGAAAGAAUGGGAUUUUUCCAUUUGCAAUCUUUAAUGUGCACAAUUAAUUUUUAUGAUACAAAAUUAAUUUUUAUGAUCUUGUAGACUAUAACCUACUGCACAUGUUUUUGAUCUUGUCCUGUGACUCAUUGUGGAGCAGAAGUGUCUAUUUCCCAUGAUAUUCACUCUCUGCCAAGAAUAUGAAUGAACAUAUAUGAGAUUCCCAGAGCAAAAACUCCCAAGGUCCUGUAGACUCUUCGUUUCCUUACCCCCAUAAAUCAAUAAAAAACCCAACAACUUUGCAUUGUCUCUUCCUGCAGGUAUUAGUAUCAGACUUACUCGCAAUGGCCCUUCUCAGUCUUUAUUUUAUACAGAGUUGCUCUUAGAACCUGUCACCAAGGUGAGCCCGGUGAGCUCCCAGGGUUUUAAGGCAAGCCCUGCCAAAACUUCACAUUUUCAACCUUUACCCUUUUUAUUUAAAGAAAUAAUGUUUUCAGAGAGCUGAACUCUGCUGGGUCUUCUAAUAUUACCCACCAACAAACACCCCUAAUACCUGUAUUGCCUAGAAGAGGCCUCUUUUAAACGUUGUAUCAGCAAGGUAUUACUAGUGACAGAGGAAGACACCACACAGAAUUGAGUUGUGGUUUGGUGUGAAUGUUUGCAUUCUGUCUAAUUAUUGUCUGUAUUUAUUGACUCCCAAUUUCAAAUGUACUUCCUGUAUAUUCUUCUGAAGUUUUUUUUUUUUCUUUUCUUUUUUACCUUUGUUUUUCCUUUCAGUGAAAGUAAGUAGUGCUGUUAUGGCUUAGUAUCAGGGUUUGUCAGAGUGAUGAAAUACUAUAGUUAUUCAGAACUGUGCAAUCACUCAUAUUUUAUUUGCAACAAGGAUAGAGCAGAACUGACCAGGCAUUCAUGGCUUUCUCGUCAGAAACUAUGAAAUAGACCUGCUGUUAGAUUUCUACAUACUGCAACUAACUAUAUUGUCAUUAUUGAGCCAUUAAUUCUCUUUGGUACUUUAGUAUCUUUAAGUUCCCCAGGCCUCAUUUUCUCAGUUUUUCUUCCAUGGGUUGAAUUCAGACUUAGACUUAACUCAUGUGGAGCUCAACAAAGGCGUUUCUAAAAAUCUUUUUGUUUAGUUAACUUUUCCGAAAUGCAAAUAAAAGGAUUUUUUAUUCACAGAAAUGUAGGGGAAAAUUAUUAUCUGGGAAAAUUAAUUUUUUAAGUGAGACAAAAUUGUUCAGCUCUGUUUUCAAUCCAUUUCCAAUCAGCUCUAAAAUAAGGUCAAACGACUUGUUAAAUGGAAUUGCAAUGAGAGAGGUUAACCCAAGUCUAAUGUAAAAGACAUACCAAUUUUCUUAGAGUAGGAACUCUUUUUCAUUGCAGUUUCCUUCCUUUAGAGCUCCCUUUCUUUCUUUUUUUCCUCACGAAAAUCAGGUUUUCUUGUUUAUUAUGACAACUCAUGUAAGAGCUCAGUGCUUCUCAGCAUUACUGAAAAAUUCAAUUUCAUGCAUCUUCAUCUUUACUAAUGGUAACAUUAGAGGAUUUUCAGUUGAGUAUCUGACUUGAUGAGAGUUAGUUUCCGUGAAAGAAAGCAAAAGAUGUCUGUAAUUGUUGCAAUCUAAUUAAAUGUUCAGUACAAAAAUUAGAAGACAAAGUUAAUGCCAUUCUUGUCUGAUUGUUGUGUGUUCGUAGUUCUGGUAAUAAAAGUGAUGCCGGUUCAGAGACACUCAAUAAGGAACUAGAACUUAGAUUUGAUUUCACAUGCUAUACAUUGCAUUUCUCUAUGAAGAUAUUAAUUGGCUGAUAUUCUGACAGAUGUUAGUAUACUGUCAGAUAAGCAAGUGAAUGCAUUGGUAACUUUGUUGUUGUGGCUAGAGUAGUUAGCAAAUAAUCAGAACCAGUAAGAAUUAAUAUAUUUAAGAGUAAACGUUUAGGCUUGUGUGUCAUACUAGUUGCCAGAGGACUAAACCAUGCUUCAGAAAUAAUAGUUUUUAGAUCCCAGGGGGUGCUCGAGGCCUGGUUCUCAUCCCAGUUUCUCAGUUAAUGGUCUAUUUAGGUUAGAAUCAUUAGUUCUCUCUGAACUGAUUGUUGUUGUCAGUUUUACUAGUUAACUUAGAUAUAUAUAUAGAAGCUCCACAAAGCUUUGUUCAGGAUACAAAAAUAAAAGUUCUGGGUCAGGUUUUAGGAGUACCUAAAUGUUCAUAUAUGUGUGCACACAUAUAUAUAUGUUAAAUCAAGCUAGUAGCUAAUUAUGUAGCUUGAAUUUAGAACAGGCUCUAAAGCUCCAAAACUAAAAACAAACAAACAAAUAAAAUGUCUUCAGGCAUGUCUGAACUGCUGCUCCUGUGGUAUGGCAGGAUGGUGACUAUGUUAUGGUUACUUAAGUACUAAUGUCCAAACAAGGUAUGUGGGUGAGCAGGUCCAAAGUGCUUUGUUGCCCAGUUGUCAAGUAUUGGUGUUUUGGCUGGGGUGUAUAAAACAUAGAGCAAGUUAAAUGCUAAUUUCAAAGGCAGGGCUGCAGUCCAAAGAACACAGAUAUUCCUCCUAGCUGCCUUGUCUGCUAUGGCUUGCAGUGUUUACAGAGUGAGCCUUCAUAUGAUUUCAGUUAACUGCUCAAAAACACCCUGCAGUCUUUUUGGCCCUUCCCAAGCUUUCAUUGCAAAGCUUUGGCUGAGAUAGUGUCAAAGUCUCACUCAUAUUCCAUGAUAGAAUCUGGGUCUGUGUUUGACUGUUUACUGUGAAAAGUUUUAAAGCCACCCUGCUGCUUUUCUUAGAGAAAGAAAGUCCAAAUUAAAAACUUCAGUAUAGAAUGAGGAAACUACAGAUAUCUGUCAUUUACCAAUAGACUGGCAGUACAACUACAUACCAGUUUUAUCAUUCUGUAUGUGUUUCAUUACUAUGAUACAUACAAAUGGUGGAGGUGAAGAAUCAGUUCCUUCCACCCUUGGCAUUGGACAUUAUCACCAAACAGUCAUUAGAGAAUUAUUUCUCUUCUCUUACUCAUUCCUUCCAGCCUUAAUAGAAUAAUGUAGUUCGAUGUUUGGCAAAAAAUGAUAAUUGAUUCCUUACAUAACCAUAAUGGAAUUGAAGUUCAGAUUACUAAAAGCUUGAAUGAGUGGUGGCAUCACCCUGCACAGGUGUAAACAUGCCUCUCCAGUGCCUCCUAUUACUUUAGGCCCCGAGCUAUAAUAGAGGAGGAAAGCUGCACUAUUGGUAAAAUGAACUUUUACUCAUUCUUUUCAUAUUUAUUAUCUUGGCACAUCUAUUUUCUUUGUGCAGAUGCUUGGUUAAAACAAGGUAACCUAGUUUGUCAUAAUUUUCUGAAUUAUCCAGUGACUCCUGAGAUUUGGCAGAUAUACAUGAACAACUUCAGUAUGUAUUUAGUAGUCUGAGGAAUUUACAAAACAAACCUAUAUGAUCUUUUACACCAAAUUCUACAUGUCCAAAAAGUACAGCUGACUCCUGAAAUAUCAAGUAAGUUGGACAGUAUUACUGUUCAGAUGAGAGUUUGUAUGUCUGAGCUAUGUGCCAGUGAACAGUAGUUAUCACAGCUUCUUUUCAGUAGAGGAAGCAGGGAAUCAUCGAAUGAUUCAGAUUGGAAGGGACCUUAAGGAUCAUCAAGUUCCAGCCUCUCUGCCAUGGGCAGAGACACCUUCACUAGACCAGGUUGCUCAGAGCCCCGUUCAACCUGGCCUCGAACGCCUUCAGGGAUGGGGCAUCCACAGCUUCUCUGAGCAACCUGUUCCAGUGUCUCACCACCCUCACAGUAAAGCAUUUCUUCUUCUUCUUUGGAUCUAUUUCAGGAAUUAUGUCCCUUAUUCAUUUUGAGACGUAAAUACUUAAAGUGAAUGUUUUUAUACAAUAAUACAAAAUUCAUGGAAGGUAGAUGAUUAGAUUUAAAAAUGUCAUUUAAAGCAAGAGCUGGUGUUGCAAGGAGCAGUUUAAGGGAAAGACUGGUAUGGAAUUGCACGGUUGCAUCUGUGCAUAUAUAGCAAAGAAAAUGUAUGUGUUACCCAAGUUGAAGUGACUAUUGGCAAAGAUGUGUUUCUGCAUGCCCUUUCUUUUUUAAUUUAGGGAAUUUUGUUAAGGAAUCUCACUCACCUGAAUGUGAGCACUAAAAGAGAACGUAGGGAGUGAGGCUUUAGUAGUUUUUAUGGGAAGAGCAACACAAAGAUAUGAUUCUUGUGGUCUGAGCUAGUUCUGUUUGUCUCCAGUCUUCUCAGCUAUUACUUUUUCCUACAUGCAUUCCCCAAUCUGCUUGUUACUACUUCUCUUUUCCUCCCUAUCUAGCAUCAUAUCACUGGUGUUCCCUGCAGCUUUCCUCCAUAUUGUGAUAUUUUAAGGAAUUUUAAAACUUUAUUUUUCCUCUUUGUCAUAUGCUGAAUAAAAUAUCCUCAUCCCCUUUCAAUCACAUCAGACUUUAAAGGCAACUGCCACUAGGCUGACAAGUGCUAGUGAGCAGCAUUUAAAUUUGGCUGUCUAUGGAUAUGCAAAAUACUAACCCUUUUGGACCUUGUACUUCCCUAAUCUGUUUAAAAUCUGUUACCCUUAAGAGAAAAAUCAGUAAGAAGUGUACUGUUGACUUAAGAAAUAGGUCAGGUUUUGUGCUGGUUAAUCUAAAUUAUGCUUAAAUAUAAAUGUAAGUAUUUCUUUCUCACCCUGAUGCCCCAGAUAUAUGCUCAAUUUGUUAGUUGUGCAUUGCUUAAUGCAUUGAUUGUACAUAAAUAUUCUUUUCUAAAUAAACUGCAUCAUCAAAAGUGAAUCUCAAAAGCAUUUCUAGCUUUUCAGUGGCCCUGUGUGAAGGUAUUUCAGCUGUCAGAGAUCCAAACAUCACACUGAGCAUGUGGAUUCACUUUGUGAAGUUCAGUGCUACUUCACAAUUUGGACCCUAUGCCUGUUAACCUUGUCCAAUCUCUUGUAAAAUUUCCUUUCUGCUUUGCUCAAUUUCAUUAUUGUUGUUGGAUUUGUUGUUUGGUUUUUGGGGUUUUUUUGUAGUGAAUGUUAAUGUUCAGAGCCAGGCUAAAUAGAAGUUUAGCUUUUAGUGAACUUUUUCACUUAUUUCUGUGUUUAGCUCCUCUUUCCUGACCGACAGUAGUUUAAAUCUGUUUUACACUUUGUUACACUCCCCUUCUCUGUAGCAAUUAUAAUUGUAUCUUGAAAUUUUUGUGCAUUAAAUCCCUUUCCUUCUUUCUCAUAGAGUGGUUCUAAACUACCUCAGACCUUGUUGUGAACAGGUACGAGUUUCAGCUGCAAUUUUUAGAAUUUAUCAUAGUCUUUGUAUGUUCCUUAAGUUCAUGUGUAUGUAGCGAAAUCAGCCUGCCAGACCAUGAUUGCAUUUUCAGGAGUACUGUUCCAGGUGAGACAUGUUACUGGGAUGAGUUCACAGCCACACCCAUUCAGGCUCACGCUGAUACCUCUUUCAAGAAAAGCUUUUCAGGAGAGCAGCUUCUGGUAUGGGAAGUGCUUCAACUUUCUCUUUGAAGGGACAUGAUGCUGCCUGCACUGGACUACUUUCCCCUCUCCAUUGCCAUGACAACCGCCAUAAAAUUGCAACGUCAGACCUCCCUUUCUGGCUGUGAGCAGGAGCCGUGCUGUUGCAUUGGACUGUGCUCAUCAUAUGAGAACAAACCCCACAAGGCAUGUUCUGAUGACCUUGGUAUCAUUUUAUACUGCAAUGGAUGUGCAUUACCAACCCUUUGGGCUAAUUAGGUUUCAGGUAAAAUGAUGGUUGCAGAUUGUGCUGCAGUUGAUCCAGUUGAUAACUUUGGGAAUUGUCUGGUUUUGUAAGUUAUCCAUUGUACAACCCGGCAAACCUUGUUAGUACUGAUUUCCUUUUCACCAGCAGACGUGGACAUCAUCAAACAACAUUUUGUAACAUGGAAUUUUCUAUGUGCAUCCAGAAAAGAAGCAUCCCAGUUAUUUCCUUAGUAGCAACAUGUGUAUUUGUAAUGAAAGUUUUAGAAUUACUAAACUGCUGUAAGCUAUUCUGUGCAUGCUCUGGCAUUGUAUUAACAGUUUGUAUUAACAGCUGAUAAGCAGAGGGCUCUGGAGAGCAAGGAAUGCUGACUGUGGAUUUCUUUUUCAAGAGUUUCAAAGAACAGCAAAACUUGACAGAGUGGAUGCCAGACCAGACAAUGCUCAAAGCAAAUCAUAAAGUGAAACUGUUGUGCUUUGUAUUUAUUUCUUUGGGGAUUCUUCUUCAAAGUAUUUAACUUCACAGGAAAAUAUAGAGUAUAUUUAAAAUAGUGACAAUUAGAAAUACACCUUUUCAAGAAUGAGAGGGGGUAUGAUUUGAAAAAUAAAGUGAUCUUUUGUGCUUAA